CCUGUUUCGGAAAACAAGCCGGGAAUAAUAAACCGACGAUAGCUCCGCGUUUAAGUGAGAGAGAUAGGGGGAAGAAAAAGCUGAGUCGUUGUUUGAUUUCUGGAUCACUGCCCGAAACCCUAACUUCUUUGUCUGGUGGAACAGCUUCUGCUGCUGUAGUCUCUAAUUUAGUUCAUUCAUUUUGAGUCGUUACUUUGUGAUUGAGCUCUUCGGCGAGCCUGUCUGCGCCUGUUAAUUUAUGUGGAAUGGAGAUAUCAUUGCUAAAAUCGCUUCUCAACAGCAUCACUAGUUUUCUCCAAUUGUCUUCUUUUGAAGGCAUAAAAAGUGAACCGCUGCAGAAAUAUUACCAAAAGAUUGAACAAAUAUUGAGGUUGUUAAAGCCAAUACUUGAUGCUAUUGUUGGUGCUGAAAUUGCCUCAGAUGAAAUGCUUCAAAGAGGAUUUGCAGGACUCCUCCAAUCGGUGGUUGAGUUAAGAGAGAUAUGUGAAACCUGGCAACCAUUGAUGAGUAAAAUUUACUUGGUUUUACAAGUUGAAUCACUUGUGUCAAAGACUAGAACUCAUGGUUUCGAAAUUCUCGAGUUGCUGAAAUCUUCUGACCAUUCCUUACCUGCUGAGCUCAGUGCAGCAUCUCUUGAGCACUGUGUACAGAAAAUCAAGCGUGUAGAAUCUGAACAAAUGUCAGUUAUAAUCGGGAAAGCUAUCAAGGAUCAUGCGGAGGGCUGUGGAGCGACCUUGGACAGCUUCUCAGAAGUUGCUGAUAGCUUGGCCUUAAAGUCAAAUCAGGAACUUCUGAUUGAGGCUGUGGCUCUUGAUAAAUUGAAGGAAAAUGCUGAACAAGCUGACAAGAUAGCUGAAGUUGAAUAUAUAGAUCAAAUGAUUACCCUGGUCACCCACAUGCAUGACCUCCUUGUUAUGAUGAAACAGUCCGAUACCUGUAAUCCUGUUCCAAUACCUGCUGAUUUUUGUUGCCCUCUUUCACUUGAGCUCAUGGCUGAUCCUGUUAUUGUUGCAUCUGGACAAACGUACGAGCGGGCUUUUAUACGGAAGUGGUUAGAUCUUGGGCUCACUGUCUGCCCAAAGACACGACAAACUCUAGCCCACACAAAUCUUAUUCCUAAUUACACCGUCAAGGCACUCAUUGCAAAUUGGUGUGAAUCAAACAAUGUGAAGCUCCCUGAUCCCACAAUAUCUAUCAACUUGAACCAGCCUUCUUCACUACUUUCAAAUGCUGGGUCUGUUGGAGUCAGGAGGGUUAAUAAUUCUGACGCACCAGAUAGGCCUUUAGCUUCUCAAGUAAAUAGUUCAAUCCCAUCUAUUGCAAUCCAAAGGGACAGAAUAUCAUCCCAUCCUCGUUCAUUGUCUGAAGAUUCUCUGACUGACGCUGCUGUAAAUGGAACUGGGUUUGACGCAGAAAGGGUGUCCCUGGGAAGUUCUGGAGACAUGUCAGACCACUCAGGAGAGAGAAGUUUGAAUUCAGGUGGUACAUUCUUGAUGUCACCAUCUAGAAAUGGUGGAGCUGGGGCUGAUGAAAUGUCAUCACAGGUGCAUAACCGAACCAAUUCAGCCUCCAGCACUCUUUCUAAUUCUAAUAUAUCACAAGGAACGGCCGCUGAUGGCAGUGAAGUGGCGUCACAUGCUUCUGCAUAUGGUAGUGAAGCUUCUGGAGAGCUCGCUGCAGAGCGCGAACCUGCUGCAAACUUAAGUGCUCCACAGAGAGAACCUGAUUUCCUGUCUAGACUGGAGACAAGAUCUCGUGGCCAAGCAAUUUGGCGCAGGCCAUCAGAAAGACUUAUUCCAAGAAUAGUCUCUUCUUCCACUGUUGAAAUGAGGGCCGAUCUUUUAGAAGUUGAAAUUCAAGUCAAAAGGCUGGUUGAGGAUCUAAAGAGUGGCUCCCUUGAUUCACAGAGAAACGCCACAGCGGAAAUCCGCUUACUGGCUAAGCAUAACAGUGACAAUCGGAUAGCAAUUGCAAAUUGUGGGGCCAUCAGCUUGUUGGUUAAUCUACUCCGUUCAAAAGACUUGACUGUACAAGAAAAUGCUGUUACUGCUCUUCUCAACCUAUCAAUAAAUGAUAACAACAAGUCUGCCAUUGCAAAUGCUAAUGCAAUUGAACCACUGAUUCAUGUCCUUGAAACUGGGAGUCCUGAAGCUAAGGAGAACUCUGCUGCUACUCUCUUUAGCCUCUCUGUGAUCGAAGAUCUCAAAAUCAAGAUUGGAAGGUCAGGUGCAAUCAAGCCCUUGGUCGAUUUGCUAGGAAAUGGAACUCCAAGAGGCAAGAGAGAUGCAUCCACUGCUCUAUUUAACUUGUCAAUCCAUCAUGAAAAUAAACCCCGAAUCGUACAAGCAGGUGCUGUCAAAUAUCUUGUAGAGCUGAUGGACCCUGCAUUUGGGAUGGUCGAUAAGGCUGUGGCAGUAAUAUCAAAUCUUGCCACUAUCCAGGAGGGACGAGCGGCAAUUGGUCAGGAAGGAGGAAUCCCUUUUCUGGUUGAAGUUGUCGAGCUGGGCUCAGCAAGAGGUAAGGAGAAUGCAGCUGCUGCUCUGCUGCACCUAUGCGUUAAUAGCAAUAGAUUUUGCCAUAUGGUUCUCCAGGAAGGUGCCAUUCCCCCAUUGGCUGCACUGUCACAGACUGGGACACCAAGAGCCAGAGAAAAAGCUCAGCAACUUCUGAGCUUCUUCAGAAACCAACGCCAUGGCAACGCCGCCAGGGGCUGAGUUUGUCAAUGAACUUCCAGGUGCAGUUGCAUAUAUUGGUACUGAAAAGCUUUAUUCCAGAGUGUAAAUUCUAUGGUGGAAGGUACUGAUUCCAGAUUCGUGAUCUUGGCUUCUUUUCUCUCCUUCUACCGAAAGAAAAAAAAAAAACCCAUCCCGUUUCUCGUUCUUUAACUGUACUGAAAAAUGAAAUGUAAUAUGCAUUUGUGAAAAUUUGGCUCUGAGUCUCUCAAUUAACCUUGUAUUUAUUUGUAUAAAAAAGUAAUACAUAUAAGUUUCGUUGUAGACUCUCAUAAAGCGACUUGGAGACUGUUAAUUAUA